AUUACCUAAAAGGACCUCGCUAGGAUCAAUAUAUGGAUGAGAAUGGCCGAGGCAUGAUAUGUGAUUGCAUAGAUAAUUGUGAGUCCUUGAUAUAUCUGGUGGCCGUUAAUACUCAACCCAUUCACAGUCUUCUGCCCAAAAAGUCAGCGUCUGUAAUCUACGUUCAUGUCUACUAUAAUCGUAGGACUCUUACAAAAUAUGCCGCCCGUUUGGAAUACACUUUUCUCAGUAUGACAGCAUAUAUUGGUGGCGUAUUUGGACUAUUUUGGGGUGCAUCGGUUUUAAGUUUGGUGGAAAUGGUUUAUGCUAUCAUGAGGUUUAUUAUUGGAUUCAUAUGGAAGAAAUGUAAUACAAUACGCCGGACACGCCGCAUUGCAACAACAUUGAAUGUUAUUUAUGAAUAAUAAUAAGUUCAAUAUUUCAAUAUCGUACAAUAUUUUUACCGGGUGUCAGAUAGGAUAUACAAAUUCGAAUUCAAUUCUUUGUAAUAAAAUGAAAUU